AUCUCACUUGCACAGAAGUUCAUGGUAGUCUUCUGGACAUCAAGCUCAGCCAAUCCUCGCAGUGUUGCCUUCCUCACAUCGACAGCAAACAUCAUUGCCAACUUGUCCAUGUUCCUGGGUCUGGAUGGGAUAUCCCAACGGAAGUUCCUUCCACGUUCCUGUGGUCUUGCUGCUCAGCAUAGCCAUGAGAUCAGAAAGACAUGGGUCACCAGCCUCCAAGUUGAUGUCUUUCACGUCAACUACACAGUCACAGCGCCAGCCCUCCGACGAACCAACCGGUAUUGCCAUGUUCCAUGUUGUGGACUUCCAGCCAUCACGCUUGAGCUGGGUCAGCAUAGGAAACAGGGGUGGCAUUCAGCUCUUCUGGACUUCCAACCAUUCCAACUCAACAUACUUGAUCGAGUCUUUGUUCCGGCUGACAGUUACGUCCCGCAAAUAGCCGGGGUUACCUCUGAGGAGGCGAUCCCAGUUUGCCCUUGCCGGCUCCGGCAGCGGGACAUCCUGGAGCUGUGGGCAUUGUCUGAGCACGUCGCAAAAGAAGAUGCCGCGCCAAAGGUCCACCCAAGCCACCGUGCCAUGCGCACCGCCAAUGGUGAUGCACUUCGCCGUCUCGUGGUACAGCCUGUCGACUGCCCGAGAUCCACCCUUCGGAACCUGAGGAUGAUCUGUACAGAGGAGGUCGAACUCCCAGCUAAUGAGCUUGCGGCCAUUUUACAGGGGGGGCCUAAAAGCGAGAGCAGCGACGGCAAACCAAGCGCCGUCCUCGCGGCUAAUGAGGGCGGUUGCGGCGGCGUCGAGCGCCCCGAGGUGCGGGGGGUUCGGUACCAGAUCUAG